GUGUUCCUUAGAUAGCAUUGUUCAACUGUUGGCUGGUAGAUCAUGAGUGGAUCUACUAGCUGGAUCAGGUUUGCUGGUGCCUUCUUGUGCAUUGGACUCGCUGUAACUACGUGGGUCGUAAUGGCUGUAACUUUACAAGGAUUAUUCAAAAGCUACCCACAAUCGUAUUUCAUGGUGUACUGGAUUCACAGUUGGUAUGCUGUCAUGUAUGUAGCUUGGAAAACAUGGAGAGAGUUCCCUGGAAACUUGAAAUGCAACAGAGCUGGUGAUGGUUCAUUAACAUGGAAGAGAGCAUUGUGGAGCAGUGCUGUGGUUAGUGUCACAUCAUUGUUAUCAGCUUAUUUCUGGUACCUAUCCCUACCACAAACAAGUGUUCCUGCUAAUGUUGCCAUAUAUCAAUCUGCUGUGGCUUUCACUUUCAUUUUAUCGGUCCCUUUGCUAAGAGAAUCAGUCACUGUUGUUAAGAUACUGGCUGUUUCAUUUUCCAUUACUGGAGUGGCUCUAGUGUCAGUAUAUUCUGAAAGGGAUAAGUCCGGUCCUGUUCAUCAGUCUGUUCUUGGUUAUGUUUAUUUAGUGACCAGUACUAUACUCUAUGCCCUGAUGGAGGUCCUGUUUAAGAAGUUGGCUAGUUUUAAGGAUGACCCCGCUUCAGGAUACAAUGGCAUGAGGAUGGUUGGAUUGAUGGGAAUUCAUACUGUACUGUGGAUGUGGCCACCACUCAUAGUAUUACAUUAUUCAAAUGUGGAGCCAUUCCAUUGGCCUAGUAAAGAUAUAUUAUAUCAGAUAUUGUACAAUACGGUUCUUGAUGUAACCUUCAAUGCUUCUCUAUUCAUUUGUGUUGCUUUAUCAUCUCCACUUUUUGCAACUGUUGGAACAGUCACUGCUAUUCCUGCUUCUGUAAUUGUUGAUUAUAUAAGAAACAGACGGAGCUCAUUCCCACUAGUGUACGUGGGUAUGAUGAUGAUUAUUGUUGGCUUCACUGGAUUUGUGCUAUCAGAAUUCAUGCACAUUAAAAGAGAUAAGAGAGAGGCUGACAAGAUAGCUAGAGAUAAUAUUUCUAUUGCAUCAGAUUAUUAUAGUGCUGACGAUAAGUAUGCCAGCAUUAAUGCCAUCCCAAGCAACGAGACCGACAGUUUACUGGAGAAAAGAGUCAACUGGAGAAAUAAUGUAUUUAAGUAUAUUUUGUGAAUUUUAUGAAUAUAAGUUAUUUAUUUACACCUGACCAAACUUAAUUUGGAAAGUGGAAAUAUUUUUACUCAA